AGAGAGAGAAGAGAGAGAGAGAGAGAGAGUCAGUGCUUUUCCGAGCAGCACAGGGUGGAUUAUAAAACCAGCUCUCCUUUUUUCUUUUUUCUUCCUUUCUUCCUUCCCACCUUCCUUCCUUCUUUCCUUCCUUCCUUCUUUGGUUCCCUUGCUUCUCUGGCUGGAGAUCGGACCCGGGGACGCGCACGCUCUCUCCAGCUCCCUCGUUUCUCGGGAAUGCCUCUCUGCCAUGACGAUGCCCCUGAGCCCCCUCUCCAGCGACGAGGAGUCCGGUCGGAAUCUCAAAACGUUCCUCGCCUUCCCGGAGACAGGAGAACCGGAUGAGGAGGGCGAGGGGGACGAAACCGACGAAGAGGAAGGGGAGGGGGAGGGGGAGGAGGAGAGGCGAGAGAGGAGUGGGGCGGGCUGGGGGAGAGAGGAGCAGGAAGAGGAGCAGGAGAGCCCUCUUUCAGUUGAUGACCGAAGGGGGAACCCCAAUCCCAACCCUAACCCCAACCGCUCGCAGAGUUCCGCUCUGCCCCACGCCUUCAGUGUCAUGUCCAGCCCACCGGGGGGCGGUGUGGGAGCAGCGGGGCGCAGGCUGAGGGAGAGGGCUCUCUCCACGGCGCCCCCUGCCGGUGAGGAGCUGCAUUACAGCAUGAUGGUGUUCAGGAUUGGCAUUCCAGACAUCAAGCAGACGAAAUGUCUCCGUUUUAACCCCAAUGAGUCUAUCUGGGUUGCUAAGCAGCAGGUGCUGUGCGCGCUGAACACCAGUUUGAAAGACGUGCUGAAUUAUGGGCUGUUUCAGCCCGCGGCCAACGGCCGAGAUGCCAAAUUCCUGGAGGAGGAGCGUCCGCUGAGGGAGUACCCCCAAUCCUUCGAGAAGGGGGUCCCCUACCUUGAGUUCCGUUAUAAGACCCGCGUUUACAAACAGACGAAUCUGGAUGAGAAACAGCUGGCAAAACUGCACACCAAGGCUAGUCUAAAAAAGUUUUUUGAUUAUGUUCAAAAUGGGGCAUCUGAGAAAAUGGCAAAGUUUUUGGAUAAAGGACUCGAUCCAAACUAUCAUGAUUUAGAGACUGGAGAGACCCCUCUCACUCUCUCGGCUCAGUCACAGUCAGGUGUUGAUGGGAUCAGGCUGCUUUGUCUGGGAGGGGCGCACUUUGAUUUUCGUGCUCGGGACGGCUUGACCGCUCUACACAAGGCUGUUCAAUCUCACAAUCACAACGCACUGCUGGCUCUUCUUAAUUCAGGUGCCUCUCCAGACUAUAAGGAUCGCCGCGGUCUCACUCCUCUCUAUCACUCUGCGAUGAUCGGAGGGGCGACACAGUGCUGCGAGACCCUCCUGUACCACCGAGCCAGAAUCGGGAUUCAAGACGAGAAUGGAUGGAUGGAAGUCCACCAGGCUUGUCAGAACGGUCACGCUCAGCAUCUUGAACACCUUCUUUUCUAUGGAGCCGAAUCAAGCUGUCAGAAUGCGUCCGGAAACACAGCCCUGCACAUCUGCGCACUUUACAACAAGGAGAACUGUGCUCGAGUUCUUCUCUACAGAGGAGCCAAUAGAGAGAUAAAGAAUAAUAACGGACAAACCCCUUUUCAGGUUGCAGUAAUCGCUGGUAAUUUUGAGCUUGGAGAAAUUAUUAAGAAUCACAGGGAUUCAGAUGUAGUUCUGUUUCUGGAAUCUCCCCACUAUGUUCCUAAGAGAAAGGAAAGCGGUCGAACGCUGACUAUCCCCCCCCACCCCCUACUCCGAGCCAACAGCGACAUCAGCCUCAACCUCCCAGAAUGGAUGGGUUACCCCGGGGCCCAGCCCAGCAUGGGCACCAACGCAGUGUCCAUACAGGCAUUCAAGUCUUCUGGGGGUACCCUCCGCAGUUCCAGCAGCCCGAGGGGGGCACGAAACCGUUCCCCGUCCCGCGGACGAGAGAGAGGGGGGGGCGAGGAGGGGAGGAAACAGCAGAGAGGCAGACCGGGGGCAACUGGAAGUCGUGACCCCUCAGGGUCGAGCACUGGAACACUAAACAGUAAAACAGCGCCACCUGGGAGAAGAAAGCUGUAUAGCGCUGUUCCUGGAAGACUGCUUGUGGUCAUCAAAUCUUAUCAAGCGCAAUCGGAAGGAGAAAUCUCCUUGAGUAAAGGAGAUAAGGGAAAAGUGCUCAGUAUCGGAGAAGGAGGAUUCUGGGAAGGCACGGUCAAAGGUCGGACCGGUUGGUUUCCUUCGGAAUGCGUCGAGGAAGUGAAAACCCACGAGACGAAACAAGAGAGUCGCAGUGAAAAAGCAAAAAGGCUUUUUCGGCAUUACACUGUGGGAUCCUACGACAGCAUGGAGGCCCCCAGUGAUUAUAUUAUCAAAGAAAAAACGGUGCUUUUGCAGAAGAAAGAUAAUGAAGGAUUUGGUUUUGUAUUGAGAGGCGCUAAAGCUCAGACCCCUAUUGAAGAAUUUACCCCAACUCCUGCCUUCCCUGCUCUCCAGUAUUUAGAAUCUGUGGACGAAGGGGGCGUGGCCUGGAGAGCCAAUCUACGAAUGGGAGACUUCCUCAUUGAGGUCAACGGUCAGAAUGUGGUCAAAGUUGGACACAGACAAGUGGUCAAUAUGAUCAGGCAGGGGGGCAAUAAUCUGCUGCUCAAGGUCGUCAUGGUAACCAGGAACCCCGAAAUAGAAGAAGCAUCAAGAAAGAAAGUGCACUAUCAAAGCAAAAAAUUGACCCCCCCUGCAAUAUCUCUUCGAUCCAAAUCGAUGACCUCUGAACUUGAAGAAAUGGCGUCUCCAUGGAACAAAAAGACAGAUUACGAUUCAAACCAGACCACUGAAAAGAAAAGGACUGUUUACCAAAUGGCACUGAACAAACUUGAUGAAAUUUUGGCAGCCGCUCAGCAAACAAUCAGCGCUAACGAGAGUUCCGGGUCGCGGGGUCACGUGACCGCUGGGAAACGAGAUCGGGCGCCGGGACGAGGGUUCUUUACAACGGAGCCCAGUUUUGACCAGUCCGGGAUUGGGGUGAUGUCAUCGAGUUCUGGGGUCCCGUACGAGCGCCCCUCAUUCCUCUCAGGGAACCCCCAUCAUGCUGGUAUGGUGUUACGUCAAAAAUCGAUCGGAAUCACCGAAGAGGAGAAACAGUUCCUUGCGCCCCCCCCAGCGAAGAUCGCCCGAAGCCUCUCUGUCCCGGGAUCGGAGGACAUCCCCCCGCCCCCAACCACAGCCCCCCCUGAACCUCCUUACAUCCCAGGACCUCCCACAGGCUGGGCGGGGGGAGGAGGAGGAGGCGGGGGCAGAGAGCAAAACUAUCAGCCUUACCCCCUCCCUCUCCAUCCCGCCAAUCAGUUCACCCAGCCCUCUCAGUCAGCCGGCCGCAGCCAGAACGCAGACCCCAAAUCUCAGAGGGGUCCCAAGGGGGGCUCCGGACAGCAACCCAAACACCAGGGGGGCAGAGCGGAGCCGCCCAAAUCCGGGGGUCCUGGCUUGGGGGAGAGGGAGAGGCUGAGACGUUCCCACAGCAAUGUGCAGGCAGAGGCCUCACAGCAGCACACCGGAGGAGGAGGGGGCGGGGGAGGAGGAGGAGGAGGAGGAGUAGGAGGAGGAGGGGGCCCGGGGGGGCGCCCCAGCUCCAGCAGCGGUGGCAGCGGUGGGAUCAAUCCCUACGCCUCCAAACCCCAAAGAAGGAAAGCACAGCUGGUCAAACAGGGGAGGGUUGAAGGAGGGACGGACUCAAACUCUCGGAGAGGAGAUAGAGGAGGAGAGAGAGGAGAUAGAGGUGAUAGGGGAGAGAGAGGAGGAGAGAGAGGGGAGAAGGACCUCCGAAAGCUAACCCCGCAGCAGCCCCGUCAUCACCACAGCCUGAGUGCGCAGCCCUCGUUAGAGAAGAGCUCCAUCGCCAUCCCCACCAUCAUCAUCAAAGCGCCGUCCACCAGCAGCAGCGGCAAGAGCAGCCGGGGCAGCAGCGUGGAGAUCGAGCCCCUGGCCGAGGCGGCAGUGCAGUCCGGCCCGCGCUCCCGGGGCAGCAGCGUGGAUUACACCAGCCAGUUCGGGGCCGCCAUCGUGGGGGCGGCCAGGAGAGACAGAGAGAGGUUCCAGGAAGCCCGGCGGAAGUCCUCCUCCCUCUUCCUCUCCACCGACGAGGAGUCCAGCCCUCAGCCGGCCCCCUCCCCCCGGCUCCGCCCCUCCAAAUCCAUCGACGAGGGCAUGUUCUCCGGAGACAGCUACUACCAGCAGGGCCGGGGCGGGCCCCCCGAUCCCUUCGGGCCCCUGGCGCACCCCUCGGAGCCCCGCUCCGUGCCCGUGGAUUUCUACAGCCGGGCGACGGCUUUCAUCCACCCGCUGACAGGCAAAGUGCUGGACCCGGCCUCGCCCCUCGGGCUGGCUCUGGCGCGACUGGGUCCUCCUCGCGCCUCUUCCGGGAGGGGCAGAGGGCGGAGGGGGGAGGGAGGCGCUAGAGAAAGGACUUUGUCUCAGCCUGCGCUGGUCCCGUCUCGUCAGCGGGGCGGAGGGGAGCAGCAGCAGCAGCAGUCGGCCGCCUGGAUUUCGAGACCCCAGUCGCCGAGGAAUUUCGGGGUCCCCCCGGGGGGCAGGUGGGACCGGAGGGAGAGCGGGGAAGGAGGGGGGAGGGGCUCCCGGGUGCGGUUCUCGGAAGACGAGGAGCCGAAACGGAAAGCGGACGAGGGCAGGCAGCGACGCCCGUCCGGCGGAGGAGAGGCACCUCAAGACCCCGCGGCGGGGGGAGGCAAGGGGGGGCUGGGGCUGAUGGUCCUGCCCCCGCCCGCCCCCUCGAUCGACGCCGAGGACGAGUUUGUUUUCGGGGACCCCCUGCCGCCCCCCUUGGAGUUCGCCAACAGCUUCGACAGCGGUCUGACCAAUAGCCACCGCCCGUCCGCCUUGAGGACUCCCGAGGACCCCCCUCCCUCCCUGUCUUCCAUCCUCCCUCCGCCCCCUCCCCUCCCCCUCGGAGCGGAGGGACUGGGGCACCCCCCCUUCCUCCAGGAGGUGGUGGGGGGACGGGAGGGGCUGGGAAUUCUGGCCAACUUGACUCAAGCCCCUCCUCCUCCUCCUGCUGCUUCGACCAUCAACCAAUCUGCCGGCCGGAAUCUCGCAGCCGACUCCUCCCCUCCCGUGCAGGCUCCUCCUGUUCCAACCCCGGCUCCCCCUCCCUCCCAGCCCCCUGCUAAAGAGGCCCAUGUCAAUUUCUCCGAAGUGGUUUGCUCGAUUCCGAUCGCCCCGCCCGCUCAAGGGGAGACCGUGGAAACGGUGACCGAUUCCGGGAUCGAGGAGCUGGACAGCCGGAGCAGCAGCGACCACCACCUGGAAAACGUCAGCAGCUUCUCCACUUUGUGGUCGAACAGGCCCCGGCCCCCUCCCCCCCCUCCAGGGACAGGGGAGGGGGCGGAGCUGCUGGACUCCUACCUCGCCUACCUGGACGGACAAUCCUUCGAGAUGGACAAGCCCCCUUUUCCGAUGCACCCCCAGAAACAGCGGGCCAGACCUCACUGCCCGACCAGGGCUCUGGGCAGGCAUCCCACCGCCGCCACCAACGACACUUCGUCCCAGGCCAAUUUCGCAGCCCCGGAACGGCCCAAGACCCCCGACCGGAAGCAGGCGUGGGCCCCCCACCCCAACGAGCCGGAUCCCACCCAGUAUUUCCACCCCCCGCCCCCAGCCCACGUUCUCAAGGGAGGGCCCAUGUCCAGCAUGAAGGCCAGCAUUAUCAGCGAGCUGAGCACCAAACUGCAACAGAUGGGAGGGGAGACGUGGGCCAGACCAUCUCUGGAUUCAGCCGCGGGGGGGGCGGGCUCCUUGGGAUCACAGCAGCGGAUUGCCAGCAGGCAGAGGUCGCGCCCCCUCCGCGCCUCCCCCUCCUCUCCUCCUCCUCCUCCCCGAGGAUGGGCGGCGACCCCUCCCUCUUCGAGAAGCUGCGAGGCUCCGAGGGGCCAUAGCCGGCGCUGGACCCCCCUACUUCUCCCCUCGCGGGGGAGAGGGGGGGAGGCCUCCCCCCUUUUGCCUCGUCCCGCUCCCUCUCUCUCCCCGACCCACUUUCUGUCGGAGGCUCCCCCGUCUUCACCCCUCCUCCUCCUCUCUCCUCUCCUCUCCCCUCCCGACAAGCCCUUCUCCUCCAAGCCCCUCCCUUACUGGUCCAAGUUCGACGUCGCAGACUGGCUAGAGUAUCUGAACCUGGCGGAACACCGGGAGCGUUUCCUCGACAACGAGAUUGACGGCUCGCACCUGCCCUCGCUCAGCAAAGAGGAUUACUGCGACCUGGGAGUGAACCGGGUCGGGCAUCGCAUGAAUAUAGAGAGAGCGCUGAAGAGGGUGCUGGAGAGGUGAUAGGAGAGGAGAGAGGAGAGAGAGGAGGAGAGAGAGAGAGGAGG